AAAGAUGGAUCGAUCCGAACCCGGCAUCCAUCGAAACUCGAUAAAGAUGAAGACGACAAUAAAUCAUGCAGACAAUGACAAGAACAAUGCAGUGACGCGUAUUCACUUCUCCACCGAAUAUGCCAUGCAAUUUUGGAUGCAGUUGUCAAAUUCGCCGCGCCAGGUGCCACUCUCCAUUGCAAGGCUCUUCUUUGCAGUUUCUUGCUCUUAGCUUUCUUACUCUGUUCAGUGGUUGCCUAGCUGUUCAGCGAGGCCAGCAGUUCCAACAAGGAAUGGGUCAAUGCUCCCUCACCAAUCUCAACCCGCUUGAGCCCAUGCGCCGCCUCGAAUACGAAGGCGGAUACAGCGAGUUUUGGGACUCCAACAAUGAGCAAUUGAGGUGUGCUGGUGUCGCUGUUACCCGUCACGUUAUCGGGUCUCGGGGCCUCCUCUUGCCUUCUUUCAACAAUGCCCCGACUAUGGUUUUUGUCAUCCAAGGAAAUGGUAUACUUGGAGUAAUGGAUCCUGGAUGCCCAGAGACAUACCAAAGUGUAGGACAAAUACAGGGGCAACAGAGUGAACAAGGCCAACAGAGGUUCAGGGAUCAGCACCAGAAAAUACAUCAAUUAUACAGGGGAGAUGUCAUUGCUUUGCCCACUGGAGUUGCUCAUUGGUGCCACAACGAAGGCAAUCAGGAUCUCGUCCUUGUUGUGGUUCAUCACACCGCCAAUCUAGAGAACCAACUUGAUGAAAACUUAAGGAGGUUUUUCAUUGCCGGAAACCCACAACAGCAACAAAGGCAAGGAACCUAUCAGGGACAACAACAACCGGGACAGCAGCGCCACCAGGGAGUCAAUAUCUUCCAAGCAUUUGAUGCGCAGAUUCUGGCACAGGCUUUCCAGGUAGAUCAAGAAACAGUAAGGAAGCUACAGAAUGAGAAUGACAACAGAGGAAGCAUCAUCAGGGUUCGAGAUGAGUUCCGCAUUGUAAGCCCAAGGAGAGAACAGCAAUUCCAGGAACAACAACAGGGAGGAGGAUACUACAUGAACGAGAAAGCUAAUGGAUUCGAGGAAACCAUCUGCAGCUUGAGGUUCAGGGAGAAUCUCGCAAAUCCUGAGAGGGCCGAUAUUUACACAGCCAACGGUGGAAGCAUUGCCGCACUCAACAGCCUGAAUCUACCAAUUUUGAGGGUCCUCCGAUUGAGCGCCGGCAGAGGAUUACUUCGCCCUGCUGCCAUGGUUGCACCUCACUGGAACAUCAACGCCCACAGCAUAAGCUACAUUGCAAGAGGAAAUGCCAGAGUACAGAUAGUUGGGAACUCGAACCGACCCGUUUUCGACGGAGAAGUGAGGGAAGGCCAAUUGCUGAUCGUCCCACAAAACUUUGCUCAUUUCAAACAGGCUGGAAACCAGGGCUGUGAAUGGUUCACUGUGAAGACUAAUGACCAGGCUAGAACCAGUCCACUCGUCGGAAAAACAUCAGUGAUCAGGGCCAUGCCGGAGGAGGUUUUGAUAAAUGCUUACCAGCUAUCAAGGGAAGAAGCCAGGAGGAUUAAGUAUAACAGGCAGGAAGUCACAAUUCUCAGCCCACAGUACUCUGAGUCUCAGCAGAGGGGGGUGGAAAUCCCAAUGUCUGUUGUGUAAAAUAAACGAAACGAGCUUUUGUUUUGGUUUUUUUUACCUGUCUUGAUCUGUGUGAAUGUUGCGGUAUAAACUGUAGUAUGCGAAUAAAUAAUAAGCGGCCUGCCGCAUGCUACUCUUGACUGUUUUGUACGCCGUUCAAGAAUGAUGAUCUGACCAGCUGAGACAUCAGUUUGUACUCCCUGAAUCUAUG